AGGGGGGUAGCCCAUCCAGGUACUCUGCUUACAGUAAUUUGGCUGCAACUCGGUGUGGCUCUAUGUAAAAAGGCUAGAAGAGGGAAAGGGUUGCAGCAAUCGUAGGGGAGAAGGGUGACAGCAAAAACUCCAGGAGCAUCGCUCGUAUUCUCUUCAGACCAAGAGGACGACAAGAAAGAAAAUCUGCUCUGAUUUGCACUAAAUGGAAUAUAGGAACUUCCUCCUUGGCUUCCUUCUCUGCUGCACUUUGCUCAUAACCAGCUACUCUUACAUGAUAUUUGAGGAAAAGCAGAAUGCUGUCAACAGUACGGUAAAUAAUAACAAAAUCAAGUUUCCGGAUCUCCCACCUAUCUCAAUAGUAGAUUUAACCAAAACAUCCCUGAAGCUCAGCAGGAAUGAGGCUGAGAAAAGGAAAUCUAUGAAGAAAAAAGCACAGCAAAAAAAGCCUCCCCAACCAAGACCUCCACCACCACCCAACUGUGUGCCUACUUGGUCAAGCUGCAAGCCACCAUCUCGUCCCUGCUGCGAUUUCUGUGCCUUCUGUCACUGCCGACUAUUUCAGACAGUCUGCUACUGCCGUAUGGGAAACCCAAACUGCUAAAUCAAAAACCAGGGAUGCCACGGGGACUCUGUGUCUUAUUAGACACAUAAGUGUGUCUUCUAGGCCUCUUUGUCUUACGUAUGUGCAUUGCAACGGAAGCCAAGAGCUUUUGAAGCCAGCUGGCUGGCUGGCUGGCUUUUACUCCCUCCCAAACUGCAUGAAUUAUGGGAUAUAUUUCAUGAGGUAAAUGCUGUCAUAAACAAGACAGCCACUGCCCUAGCAAAUAUGACAAGGAAUGGAAAGAAAGGAGAUGCAGCCUGACGGCCUGAAAGGGUAUUUACAAGAGAGGUGAAAAGAAGCAGAUUUCAUGUCAAGAAGGAAUUAUAUCUCUCCUCAGAAGUGGCAUUAUAUUGCACAUUACAAGUUUGAAUGAGAAACACGGGCCACUGACUAGCUACAAAAGGCACAUUCCAGAAAGUCAGCCAUGUAGCAAUAAAAAUAAGAAUUUAAAUAGUAUAGGGCAGAUGGAGACAAGCUACUGCUCAGUCUUUUAUAGUUAGCUCUCUGUCAAGGGUGCAAGAUAAAAGCCUGUUGAAACUGCCAACCCUUCCCCAAAUUAUUAUGACCACUGCAUCUCCUUUGAAGCGGGGAGCAUGGCCGCACUGAGUUCCACAGACACCUACUGAACAGUAUGAUAUCAACGCAAAUUGCCAGAAAUCUGGCCCAUCCUAUUUACCACAGUGGCUAACCAUAUGCCUAUGGGAAUCCUACAAGGAAGAUACAAAAGUAAUAGACCUCUCCUGCUGUUUUCCGCAGCAACUGGUAGUCAGAGGUGCACUGCUUCUGUAACAAAAGGUAACAAAAGGCUAUUAUCUGCAUGACUUACAUACAGAAGGUUUAGGGCUGGCUCAAGACACCUUGUUGCCUGAGGAAGAACAGAAAAUUGCACAUAGUACCCAUGGUCAAAUUAUUCAGGCACCUGAAUAAUACAUAAUUUGAUAGGUGUGUGCCAAUAUUGCUCUGUUGCGCAGCGAAACAUUUCACAAGUGAGAAAAGCAAUCCCUUUAAGACAGGGACUGAUCACUGUUGGGAACAAGAUACCAAAUUAGAGGAACCUUUUAUGAGCGCUGUUGCCCUCCAGAUGUUGUCAUAUUCCCAUCAGUCCCAGACAGCACAGUCCAUGGUCAGCGUGAUGGUAGCUGAAUGUCCAAGAUCUUUCCAAAAUCCUCCUGCAUAUUAUUUCCUCCAGGAUAUUCACCAGUGUAACAGCAGUCUUGUUUUUAUCUGUGGGCAUCAAUUUAAAAUAAUUCCCUUGAACAUGAACACGCAACAUAGCAAAGCGUUAUAUAUGUAUAUUUAGGAAGAUGAGUUUUUGGCACACUAAUUAAUGUUUAAUUUUUUUAAAAAAAUCUAUUUAAUUUAGGAGGAGAAUGCAUACAAAUUAAAACAGUGAACUUUGUUUUUUUGUGUACGUCCCAAUUUGUACUGCUGAAUACAAAAAAACUAAGGGGGACAUGAAGGCCCUUUCCAGAAGCAUCUGAGUGAUCACUGUUGGGAACAGGGUACUAAAUUAGAGGAACUUUUGUACCAAUUCAGCAGGUCUUGCCUUAUGCUCUGAUGAGGUCUAACCAUGCCUGAAUUCUGAACUGCAUUGCUUCUGGUUAGGGCUGCCAUAUGCCAGGAUUCAGCUGUCAGAAUGUUUUUUGAGAUUUUGCAAAAAAAGCUCUACAAAUCCCCUCCAUCCCAAAAAAGUUGGUAUAUUAUGGUUGAAGUGGUAUAGAUUAUGUUCUAAACACACCACAGUUAUUUUUUAAUAUAUAAAAAAGCUAUGGUCUGUACAGAAAUAAUAACGACCCCCAAAUCCAUCAUAGGGCUUUAUUAGUCAACAAGCUUUUGAGUUAUGUAAUUAACUAGCACAGUGUGAAAAAGAUUUAGCAUUACGUGGUUCAGCCUUUACCAAUCUUGUGCCCUCAAAACAACAUUUAUGCAAUGUGCUGGCUGGGGUUGUUGAUGACAAUUAUAAAACCCUAAACAUCUAGAAGCACCAGGCUGUUGAACACUGGUAUGGUGGUACAAUCUGUAAUUCUGCCACCUCACUCAGUGUAGUGCAUAACAUGGCUAUAUCCAAUCAGAAUUUACUCGGGUGCCCUUCACACAUUCCCCAAGCAUACAGAAGCUGUUUUCUUAGGAUGUGCUCUCACAUCUGUAUUAAAGCACAAUGAAUCAUCCAUCGUUGGGCUUUCUGGGGCAUGAGAAUAACUUGCAGACAUGGAUUUCCUUACAGAGAACUAUGUGAGAACAAAGUAAACAAAGAGACACAAAAAAUAUAGAUGUAUUCUGUGAAGUGGGCUCAGAAACGUUGGUUUUUAUGCUUAUGCUAUUUAAUUCUUUUUCACCCUCUUCAAAGACCAGUGCUCAAGAUAAAGACCAGAUGUUAACAGAGAGUGGAGGGCAGGUUUGCUAGUCCAUCCUUCUAUGAAGUUGGGACAGGAAGACAGAGACAGAGACCAAGAGGGAGUCUAAGCAGUGACAGACUAAACCCCAAAGAACAUUUGUCUCCCUCAACAUUGUCUAUUGACUGCCAUACAUCUUAGAAGGUUUGAUUCUAUUAAAAUGCUCAUAACAAUUACUUCUAAUCUGCCCUACAGGGUUGGAGAUCUGCACUUAAUUUGUUUAGGAAGAAAAAAUUUGUUUAGGAAGAAAAGAAGGGAUGGUUCACAGCAUAAAAGCAGCCAUCCAUCCAAUGAUGUUCAGAUAUGAGGUUUCAAUCAUGUCCAAAUUCACAAUAAUGUUCUCCAAAAUUAGAGUUCAGAUUUUUAGUCUGGCAUAUUGAUCUUCUUGUCUAAUAUGAAAGUGUUGACAGAGGAAAAACCAGCCACCUUGGCCUCAAUCCAAUUAACCCAUUUCUGCCUUUUGUUGGAUUCUACCAAACGGCAGAAAUCUUGCACAGCACCAUAACCUGCUUUUUUAAAUUAAUGGCAGCAGAAAAUAUCAGGGAGCCUUGUAGUAUUGUUGUCAAGCAAACUUAAUAAAAUCCCAGCUGUGAGGGCUCCUCUGCUGUUGUGCUUCUUCAAAAAGGAGUAAUAAAAAUAUCACACUGGUUAUUAAAGACCAAUACAUGAAGAUGGGAAUGAAAGAGAAGUGGAUAAAGAAUAAUGAUUCAUGCUGGCCUUCCCCAACUGAGUGUCCUCCAGAUGUUUUGGACUAGGGGCUGAUGAGAGUUGUAAUCCAGAACAACUGGAGGGCACAAGGUUGGGAGGGGGUGUGCUAGAGUAAAAAUACAAUUAUUAGCACAAGCAAAUCAAAGAUAAUAACUUGUAGAAGAUAAUUAAGAAUGUGGUUUUCGCUUUUAUUGAAAUCAAUUAGACUUUAAAUGCGUUUAACUUGGGUUGGAUAGCAUAUUAUGUCAGGAGACUGCCUACACAGCAAAACAAAAUAGAAAUGCUGCAGUCUGGAUCACGAAUUCCAUAUUUAGGAGGAACCACAUGAUGAAAAUAUGGUGUCCCCAACUCCCCAUUUUCUUUACAAGGGAAAUAUGAGAACUGGUGGAACUUAAAAGGAAACAGCAGUGGAAGUUCUCCAGCUGCUGAUUCUCCCCUACAAAUGCCCUUUCCAGUGGUUUGAAUUGUUUCUUCACCCACCUGGGCUCCAAAGCAGUAAGUUCAGCUGAGGGGAAGAUAGCCGGAAGAACCAUUUGCAGGAAAGAAGUGGUUAGUACAAGAAAGCUAAAGCACCCUUUCUUGUCACCCACCAAAUCUCACUGGCAAAUAUCCUCUUUGCCCCUACAUUUGUAUUCGCUCAAUAAAUACAGGUUUAGGAACCAAAUACAGUGGUGCCUCGCUUAACGAAUGCCCUGCUUAACGAAAUUUCCGCUUAACGAAAGGAUUUUUCGAGCGGAGGUUGCCUCGCUUGACGAAUGCGUUUCACGAAAAAUUCGUCUAGCAAAUCGCGGUUUCCUAUAGGAAUGCAUUGAAAUUCAAUUAAUGCGUUCCUAUGGGCAAAAAAAAAUUCAAAAAAAUUCAGUGCAUUCCUAUGGGAUUCGCUAGAUGAAUUUUUCGCUAUAAGAAAAGACCCAUGGAACGAAUUAAUUUCGUCUAGCAAGGCACCACUGUAUGUGGUUUUCUUCUCAAUUCCAUUAAUAUUCUGUUCCAAUAGCAAUCAGUUCUUUAUCCUGCAAUCCUAUGCAAAAACAAAAAUGAAAGUAAAUCCCAUUUUGCUCACUGAUACUUCUGUCGAUUUGUGGUUCUCUGUAUUUCUCACUUUUCCAAUAUUAAAUUUGGUUUUGCACAUUUCUAGAGCAAUUUAACAAUUUUUCUGUUUAAAGUUACUCAUGAAAGUUCUUCAGCAUUUCAGUGCAAAUUUAGUCUAAUAUACACAUAUGCAGUUUUGACUAAUAAACGCUUUUUUGCAAGCAAUUUCUACCCAUAUAAUGCAUUUCAUAUGUUAUGUUCAAGAAUAUAUUCAUUAUAUAUUCAUUUAUACAUAUUUUUACCUACUAUGUGCAUUUUUGUCAACUUUGAUUGGUGAAACAAUUGCAUCACAGAAUUUGGUUAAGUGCACAUUUUGAAGGGGGGCUAUAUUUCGCGUCUCAUAUUGUUUCAGAAAGUAGGAAUUUGACAAAUUCCGCUUUGUGAAAGAGCCCCACCAUUACUAGGGAGAAGCAAGGCUUUUAUAACAUAGAUAUAAUUUCGGGGGGGAAAGAUACCUUUAUCAACUUAGGCUCCAGACCAAUUCCACAUUUUUCUUCUUCUGAAGUUCCCACUAUCCCUGUUUCAACAACAACAAACACCUCUUUUGCAGAAAGUGGAGAUUUUUUGAGUUUAAAUAUCUCCAGCAAAGAAAAGACCUCCUCCUCCUAAAGAACUGUAGCUUACUUCUCACAAAGCUACAAUUCUCAGCACUUAACUAACUACAGCUAUCAGAAUUCUUUCCAGGGGGCAGUCAUCUUUACAUUUACAGCAUGUGCGCAGCUUCACUGUCAAACCACAUUUAUCAUUAGGGAGUUUUACCUAAACAGAGAUCUAAAAUCUGCUUUCCUGUCAUCUUUACCUGUUGGUUCUAGUCCUGAUCUUCAAAGCAACAGAGAACAAGCCUAUUUCAUACUCUGCAAUAACAGCCCUUCCAAUAUUUGAAGACCAGUAUUAAGAUGUAUUCGUUUACAGGUUAUUUACUAAGAAAAGCAAAUCAACAUUUGGUCUAUGUGUGGGCAUGUAUAUGUAUAUGUGUGUGGAGAUGUGAACAAGCACAUGAGCAGAUGUGAUGUUGAUAGCAUGGUGCACAGGGAAAGAUUUAACCAUAUCCCCCUCUCCAAAACCCAAUGAAAAUUUUCCCUCCCAAAACUCCUAUUUGUUCUGGAGGGGAGAGCUCCCAUUGGCUGCUUCAGAAGUAAUUUUAUCAGGAGCAGUCAGAGGGAUUGAAAACAGUCCCGAUACUCCUCUCCUCCCCACCCCCAUCUCCACCUAUAGUGGCUUUUUGACAUUUUUAAAAACUGUGCACAUUACUUGCUUUCACCCAGAUGUCAUAAGACCUUUGGACCACAGUUAAUUAUUUUGUUAUGCAUUUUGAAUUAACCAGGAAUUAAUUAUGUCUUUUUUCCAUACACUCACAUGAUAUUCUGUUACUACUGCUUUUUCACCACCAUUUAGAUAUAAUAAAGGUGUGUGCAAGAUGUUGUUUCUAAUAUUUCCUGUGACUCAUUACCAUGAUAAUGAAUGGCACAAAGGAUAAUAUGUUCCGCAAUAAGCACUGUGAAAUAAUCAUAUGCCUUACUGAAUUUCUUGGCCGUGGCUCACAUUGCAUGAUCGUUUACAGGAUAUGGAAACCAAUAAAGUA